AUGUCUUCGCGUAAGCCUCGUAAGGGCUCUGCAUGGGCUCCAGACUCUACCGAGGCACUUUUCGACGACGGUAUCAGCGAUGAUCAUAGUCGAGAGCGGUGGAAGCGAGCCUUGCAGACCCAAGAAGAGGAGCAGACUCUGCUGCAUCGCACCGUCGUGGCCUCCAAGCGACAAAACCUCGAGCUGCAGUAUGAACGAUUUGCCAAACAGCGAGCAUUUAUCCGCCGAGAGAAGCGCAAACUGUUGCUUCAACAUGCUCUGCUGGCUUCUGAGCGCGAACGCUUCGACGCUUCCCGUUCGUCUGACUGGUUUUGUCUCGCCUCGUUCCCUGCAGCUUCUGAUCGCCGUGUGACUGUCGAUGUCGGUGGGCAGCUCUUCGAGCUCUCAGCUGCAGUGGCAUUGAAAGACUCAGCGUCGUUGCUCGCUGCUUUCGUCCAGGACGACUCACCUCUUACUGCAUCUGAAAAUGGCUGCUUCCGCGUGGAUCGAGACUGGAGACUAUUUCGACACAUUUUACGCUUCCUACGCGACGGAAUCUUGCCGUCCGACCCAAAACUACUACGUGACUUGUACGUCGAGAGCGAGUUCUGGCGCUUUGAGUCCUUGUUGAAGGCCAUAGAAACCAAGAACUUGGAGCUGUGGAAACUCAACGAAAAUGGCUACACAAAAGCUGCAACCAAGGAGACGAAGGAUUCGAGCGAAUGGUGGCUGGAUCCGCCGUCGUGGUGGGGAAAUACUGGUACCAACAAGGCCAAAGAUAAAGAGAAGAAGCCUAAGACAUUGCAAAACACCUUUAAGAAGAGCGCGAUGGCCAUCGUAAAAAAAGGAGAAAGCGAUGAAGAAAGUGAAGCGUGGUGGAAGGAUUCCAAGUACAAAGGCACCGAUUACAUGGAUAUUCUAGCGAGAGGGAAGAGCGUCCACGACGAUGCUCGGACUCCGCGUAGUCCACUAGUUACGAAUCACACCUGGGCGGCUUCGAUGACCCCCAGAAAGUAA